CGUGGAUCCAUUGGCGUUCCAGCACCGCUGAAGACUCCAGUUACAGCAGAGCAUACACGAUAGACGCUGCGGACUGAAUAUCAAGGCUAGGCUGUUUGUUUCACUUACAAGAGUCAUGAGGCUAAAAGCAUCACUACCAUCGACCUUAGCAGUCAUCAUCUCUGUCAUCACAGCAGUAUGUCUGACGACCGCUGAUGCCCAAUGCCUGUCAGAGCUGGAUGACAUGACCACAAUACCCAAAUACCACGACAUAUCAGGCAUGAUGAACUUCGACAUAAACCUCUUCACGGAUAUCUACAUGCACUCAGACUACCAUACCAACGUCUUCAUCUCGCCCUACAGCAUCUGGUCGUCUCUUCUUGUUGCUUAUCUUGGGUCAGCCGGGAACACGAGGGCUCAGAUGGAGGAAGUUCUCGGAGUCACAGACAAGAUAGCCACUCUGAAGACAUGGAGGAUCUUACAGUACAUGUACAGGGACCGAGACGUCCAGAUCUACGCCUUCGCCAACAAGGCUUUCGUCGACGCCCAGAUCUUCCUCAACCCCUGCGUGGCCAACAUGCUUCGGAACGAACUCGCCUACGUUGACUUCUCACAGGUUUUCGAGGCUUCGUGGCAGAUCAACAAAUUCAUAUACGAGCGAACCUACGGCGUCAUCUCCAACGUGGUGCAGCCGAGCACCUUGCACAGGGCCGUGUCAGUGCUUGCAAACGCAGCCAUUUUCAAGGGCAAGUGGCACAUGCAGUUCUCGCCCAAGAACACUCAGAUGCGCAGGUUCUACGGCACCCCAGAAUAUUCCACAUCAUUCCGAAAAUCCUUAGAUCUUCAAGCGGAGGUGCUGGAACUGCCUUAUUCUGACGGGCACACCUCCAUGUACCUCUUCCUCCCGGCUUUGGAUACGAGACAGGACAUGGGUCUGGCCGCCCUAAUGCUCCGCCUCACACCCGAGAGACUUCGGACGUCGAUCUCCAACAUCUGGCAUCGCCAAGUUAAUGUCACUUUGCCCAGGUUCAGACUCAGAAACGCGCUGGGGAGUGGUUUGAAAGAGUCACUCGCUCGUAUGGGCAUGAGGGACUUGUUCACCAAGAUGGCUGACCUAACAGUUCUAGCGCCUCUGGGUGGACUAACAAUCAGCGACAGCAUCCACGAAGCCAGCAUAGAGGUGGACGAGGACGGAACUGUGGCCUCAGCAACCACCGUCUUUGUCUUAACUUCCAAGACACAGCGUCCUCCUCCUCCUGUUGAUUUCGAGUGCAACAGGCCCUUCCUCUUCCUCAUCUAUGACAACCAUUCAAACAAUAUUCUCUUCAUGGGUACCUACCGAAAUGCUACGCAACAGCUGAUAUCCAAAUAGAAAAGGAAGGUGAAGUAAGUAGUCACUGGGAGGGUGGUAAAACGCGAUUGGCUUUUCCUCUUUAUUUGCCACAAUUUCAUGGGGCAUCCCUUUCAACAAAACCCUUGGCAAAAGUCAGUUAGUCACUUUGUCAUCUGUGAGAACUGUUCAGAGAUGUGAACCCCUCACGGGUCCUUCCUGUUUACCUCUACUCCAUCACCAGGAGUCUUAGUCGCCAAAAUUGAAGAACUGAAAUCUUGAACUAUCAGAGAAGUUUAUUGGUUAUUCCUGUCCGUCAUUUUACAAUUAUUCGGGUGAAUAAUGUCCACUUGGAUACAUUAAGGAAUACCAACCACUAAUAUUCUGGUAGAAAAAGUUAAGAUAAAAAGAGGUACUAAAUGUGAGGUAAAAUAUAAUCCCUUCUUGUUCAAAAUAAAAUCUUCAUUAGCGAGUGCCUGUGGAGUGUAACCUAUAUCAGAAAAAAAAACUUAAAGGGCAUAAAGUGCUCAGAACAAAAGUCUUAGGGGAGACAAAGGCUUAGAGAGAAUGACGUGGUGAUGCUGAUGAGAAGUGGACAUGCGAGGGAAGGUGUAUUUGACAGUUUGGUAACGAGCACUCUGUGAGCACUAAUGCUUGCUGAAGCCACAGUAGUAGUUAUAGCAAUGAGUGCCAGAAUUUCAAAUAUCUCCUGAUGCCUUGGAAGAAAAUCUCAAGGAGAUCAUGCCUGCAGCCGCUCUAGAAAUAUUCUCUUCAAGGAGUUCUCUAGAACACACAGCAAUACCUGAAUUCUGGUAAAAAGUUGAAAACGAAGAAGACAGAUUUAAAUGACAUUUCUAAUGAAAGGCUGAAUGACUUUGGAAGUUAUAAAUAUCAUGAACUUUUUCAAAGACAUUUAUCCACUGAUAAACUAUGGAUAUUUAAAAAUAUAUAUAAUUUAUAGAUUAUAUUGAAAAACAUCUGUAGAUGUAGAAUGGUUAUGUAUUCUCAAAUCUGAGACCAUUCCCAUAAUUAUCAUGACUGUACAAAGAAAUAAUUAUUCACUGGAUAAAUGUUACCAUGUUGUUGUACAUAUAUAAUGUUAUGUUUUUUGUUGUUUUUGAAUAAAUUA